AUUUAUCCAAAGUACAGGGUGCGCAGUCCUGAGCGGGCCCUGCACAGGCUGCGCUCUCACGGGCGCUUUUGUGGCGAAGUCGCCGUGACGUCAAGAAGAUGUUUGGCAACCGUGCAGGAGCGAGCGAGAGGGCGUGGCUUACCCAGAAUGCCGUUCCAGCAUUCUGGAGGAGUUGCAGGAGGCAUAAAAGCCGGCGACCCAGAGGGCUCUGCAGCGGAAGAUUCUCAGACUCGACCGGCUUGCCACUCCACGAUGGACCACACCGCCCUCCUGAUCCUGCUGGGUGUCGCAGCGCACACCUGGGGCCUCCCCGUCCAGAAUGUGUCUGCAGCGCACGAUGCGAUACUUCGGUUCAGAAGACAAAUUUCAGAGGAGCUGUGGGGUCAGAUGGAGAUGAAUGCGAUGGACAGAAUCCUGCAGACCAACCGGUUUCUGCGGCGUCUCCCGGGCAUGAGCCUGAGGGAGGGGGACAUCGCGCACUCCACCAUCCGCAGCGCCAUCACCUGCCCCGACAACAGCUGCCUCUGGCCCAAAUCUGUGGACGGCAACGUCUAUGUGGCCUACAUCAUCUCCCCACAGUACGACAGCAUGGACCGAAUGACCAUAGAGACCGGCAUGCAGGACAUCUCCAGCGGGACGUGUGUGAAGUUCGUGCCCCGCAGCCACGAGGCCGACUACCUGGACAUCCAGCCCAAGGGUGGCUGCUGGUCCUUCCUCGGGGUGGUGGGCGGAGCCCAGCCCGUCUCCCUGGAGACGCCCGGGUGCAUGUGGGCGGGCGUGGCGUCCCACGAGCUCAUGCACGCGCUGGGGUUCGUGCACGAGCAGUCCCGGUCCGACAGGGACCGCUACGUCACCAUCCUGUGGGACAACAUUCUGCAAGAUCAGGUCCACAACUUUAAGAAGUACGUGACCAACAACCUGAACACUGCGUACGACUAUACCUCCAUCAUGCAUUACGGCAGGUAUGCCUUCUCUGAAGAUGGCGACCCAACCAUAGUGCCCAAACCGGAUCCGUUUGUUCAGAUUGGCCAGCGGGAUGGACCCAGUGCUCUGGACAUCCAGAAGAUAAAUGCCCUUUACAACUGUAGUCAAAUCUAAUGGAAAAAAAAUCAUCAUCUUUGUGUUUUCUGUUUUGGGCUUACCAAGAAUCUGUCGCUGUUUUUACUUUUCCCUGUUUCCCCCACUAGAUGGCAGUGUGGAUUAAAAAAGACAUCACUUGCCUGUUCUCUAUUUAUUCUUUGGCUCCGGUGGAAUAACCUAUGAUCCUGUAGGAAUGUGUUAAUUGGCACAAAUAUUUUCCCCUCAAAACGUCAUAUAUAUUUUGAAACUCGAGAUUCAUUGUGCUGCACUCAGAUGAGGAUUCUAUUAUUGUUUGAUGUACAUAAAUGCUGAAAAAUAAAAAUAAAUGUAAUAAAAUGGUAGAAAUCAGCAAUCAGUUUGUCUUCAUUGUGUAUUAUCAGUGAAUAAUUUCAACUUUGCCUCCAGCACAAUCUUAUUAAAGAGUGUUUCAAAACAUGAUUGCGCAUGAAAUGUAACAAUAUUUGUUAUUAAAGGUCCAAACAAUGUAAAAGUUCUGAAAACCUUUCUGGAACAUGAUUUGAUUACACCAUAAAACUGAAAAUGACAUCUGCUUUUAUAGCCUGCAGCUGCCCUCGCAGGGUCCAGUGACAAGAGUCACGAU